UGUCUUCGACUCUCAGCCUAGAGUACUAGGUCCAGUGGUGGUUCAUCGUUGAAAGCCUUCGAUCCGUUUUUCGAAACCAUGUUGUCGAUUUGCUCUGAGGACAAAAAACACGUGACUUAUGAGAACGCAAUCUUGGUCACCAAUGUCAAUUCUGCAUUGGCGAAGUAUCGUGAAAGCUUACGGAACUUUGCCUUAGAAAUCGAGGAGCUAGCGGAUCAAUAUGACUCCGUUUGGAAAAAGCACAAAGCAAUAAGAGUUGGAGGCUAUUCCGGUUCUGUUUUAGGAUGCCUUUUGGGAAUAGGAGGAGGCAUCGUGUCAGUGGCCACGGCGGGUGCCGCUGUUCCAUUCCUGGUUGGAGGCCUGUUUGUUGCUGGAGCCGUAGCUGGCGUUGGCGGAGGAAUCACGAGAUGGGACAACGCCAGAACAACAAAGAACAGAUUGGAGGAGCUGUCUGAGACAUUCGAGGAUUUAUUGGAAAGCACUAUGCAUUCCCACGAAAGCUUGGUUGACGCCCUUCGUGAAUUUCAAGGCGCUCCACAACUUCAAGCCCUGAAAAUGGAAACAAUGAUAGGUGAAAAGGUUCAGAUAUUUCAGGGGAGUGGAAAGGCGAUGAUAAACAUUUUGCAUGCAUUCCCUUCAUUUAAAACUUUGGUGAAGACUGGACUUAUUAACACCUUCAAGCAGAAAGCAGCAGGUUCUGCAUCGAUGGCGGCAAGUUCAGUUGGACUGACCGAUGACGUAUUGGUUGGUGGUGCCAGAGCAACAGGCCAAACCGUGGCCACAGAGGGUAUCAAAAGAGCGGCUAUUGCAGCCGGUGGAGUUGCCAUUGGCUUGGGAGUUCUCGCCCUAGGCUACGAAAUCUAUGAAAUUGUUCAGGAUGUUAAAAAAGACGAUUGCACUUUCUCACAGGAAUUGCGAAAUUUGGCGGCCAAUAUUCGAGAGAACCAUUUGAUCAUGAAAGCUUGGGGCUCGUGAAUGUGGGCAUUAGCAAAGUUAUAGUAUGUUAACGGCCUAUUCAAGGCUUUAUUGGAAUAUUUGCUCAUGAAUGUGGUCAAAAUGAAAAGUAAAAGAUUUAUCUUAUUUGCA